GGUCCGAGAUCAUAUCACGACAUAACGCCACUUCGUCUCGCUCGCGCACACAUUCCUUAAUCUCUCAAACUACGCCACCAUGAUCGACUUCCGCGGAUUUUCUGCGUGGAUCACCUGCGACGAUAUGGAGCUUGCAGAAUUCGAGCCUCGCUUCGACGAGAAAAAUCACACUGUAACCUGCUGGAUCGCGGGUCCUGUCGGGAAGGCCUUCAUCGUACACUGGCGCGACCACGGAAGCCAGAUCGAUAGCGCAAGCUACAUCUACUUCGACGGCUUCAAGGUCUCGGGCCAGUUCCUGUUUGGCUACGGCGAGGAGCUACGACGUGGCAUCCGGGUAGGGCCGGAGGAGGACCGGCCGUUUGUGUUUUCCCAUAUUGAAGCUGAUGAUAUGGUUGGGUUUGGAAACUUAAAGCCUCACAAGAACGUUGGUUCCAUCAUGCUGGAGAUCAAGCAAGUCCAACGUAUGGAAAGCUACGAUCUGCCCCAAGCACGCGCGGCUCCUCCAGUCAUUCGCGGGCACCGUCCGGAAGGCGAAGUCAUCGUCAAGUACGGAGAGACUCGGCCGGCCCCCGUACAGAAGCCCACUUGGAAGAUCCGACCUCACGACCCCAACAACCCCGGACCGUUCGUGACGUUCAUCUUCCGUUACAGAACUCAUGGUUGCUCCCGCCCGAUGAAGACCAAGACGAGGACGAAUAUUCCGAUGACGAACCCCCCGACGAUGCAGAGAACGACUACAACGCACCGCCCGAAAUCCGCUUUUCGCUUGAUCCCGAACUCUCGCCGGAGCACGAAUAUCAAUCCAGACUGGGGCCUUCCCCCAGUCCUUCCCCGACUUAUGACACUCCUCGCCACCCGUCGAAUUUCCACACGGCCCCGGCCAUCUUGGGCGGCCCAAGCACACAACCUGAGGGUAGCCGGUCCUACUCGAGAAAUUCGGACCCUAACCCUAAUCAGACUACAAGCCGUUAGCGCCCGGUAUACCUCACUGCGCGGCAUGGCGCGCACUGCCGCGGCCACACUCCUUCUCUUGACUGCGGCCUUCAUGUCCUCCGUGCCACUGUCGACGCUCCCGACAUAUGCCUCGUCGUCCACCUCACGCCUGAAGUCGCUCUACUCUGACUUCACCUACCAGAAGCAGUCAAACCCGACCUCGUACGCGUCCAACGUCGAAUGGUGGCGCCGCACGCUCGAGGACAUGCUCCUCCGCGGGUGGCUGUCGGACACCCAUAACGCGAACGCGACGCCCGACCGCAUCGUGCUGCAUGCCACCGGGGUGGCAUUUACAGAGCAUUUCAGGUUCGAGGGUGUGGGGAAGCCGCUGAGUAUCCCCACUGUGAUAGUGAGUCAGGGAAGGGCGGACACUCAUCGGAGCUCCUCCCUAGUGAAGUCUGAGCUGUGCGGCUCCAAAGGACUGAUUCCUUUGGCCGACUUCCUCAAUGCCUCCCGGACGAUAUACGACCCUGGCUGGCUGCCGUAUCGCAUCGCAAGCUUUGUGGUCGGCAAGCCCUUAUGGUGGGCGCUGGGGCAGCUGGGUGUGGUGGAUACCCAAGCGAGCGCAUUCGGGGACUCAGGCACAGCAGAGAGGUGGAAGAAGGCCAAGGGGGACUACGUCGCGGUCAAGCUGCUAGAACAGGCCGCGGAGCGCAUUCUGGAACGACAAAGGCAGAAGAGCACCGGCAACUUUGCAGACGCGCUCUACAAUGCAGAUAGCUUCCGAGAAGAGUUCGCGGGAUGUGCGUUCGAGCAUGGGUCGCUGUCCGAUCUAGACGUGAAGGUGCUUCUAAAGUUCUUGGAGCGGGACAAGCGCGCGAUAGUGGUGAUCAAGUUCGUAGAGCAGGGGACUGCUGAGUCCUUUGAGGUUACCGCCGUCGAUAGCGGGCUUCUCGCCUUGAAGACCGCCGUCCAGAAGCUUCAGGCGCAGGUCGACGGUCUGCAACGCCGAAUAGACGAGCGCACUCGUCUGGCUUCCGAUGCGCUCCGCCAGAAGCGCAAAGAGACCGCCCUGACGCAGCUACGCGCCCGCAAGCAGCUGGAAGAUGUGCACAAGAAGCGUCUCGGCUCGCUCGACCUCCUCGAGGCCACGCUCCUGCGCGUGGAGACAUCCGCCGGCGAUAUCGAUAUCAUGCGCUCAUACGAGUCCUCCACGGCGACCCUGCGCGAGAUCCUCUCGCACGAGCUGCUGCAGCGCGACAAGAUCGACGAGACGAUGGACGCGCUGGCGUCCGCGAACGCCGAUGCGCGCGAGGUCGACAGUGCGAUCCAGUUGGGUGCGGAGAUGGCGCAGGCGGACGCGGACGUGGACGACGACGCGCUCGAGGCGGAGCUGCGGGCGCUCGUGCUCGACGUGGAGACGGAGAAGGGCGAAGCGGCGGCGGAAGAGAGGCGCAGGCGGCUUGCUGCUGACGAACUCAGCGCCCCGGCCCAUUCACCUGUCCCUCAGGGGACUCCUCAAACCACGGAAGCGCAGGAGCAGAAGAAGGUUGCCGCAUAGGUGAUGUUAUGCUCUCACGUCUUUCACGCACGACACGUUUCCAUCUGGCAUAUAUCAUGUUAUCACGCCGUUAAUAUACAUCAUGGAUACAUACUAGCUUCUAUG